AUGACGCAUAAGAAUCCCCUGAUGUUUCCUGUAGGGAUGGUGUGUGACAACACUUACUCUCUGAAGCCAUCUGAGCAGGUGCCGUCUUGUUCCUUGCAGGUGGCUAAGAUGCUGCAGGAAGGUGCUCCAGAAGGGAUGCUGAACAUCAUACAUGGGCAACAUGAUAAGAUCUGUGACCAUCCAGCCCUCAAGGCAAUCAGCUUUGUGGGCUCAAACCAAGCUGGGGAGAAUAUUUAUGUGAGUGUCUGUAAAAAUGGAAGAAAAGUCCAGUCCAACAUGGGUGUUAAGAACCAUGUCGUGGUGAAGCCUGAUGCCAACAAAAAGAACACUUUGAAUAAGAUUGUGGAUGCAGCAUUCGGGGUUGCAGGACAGCUUUGCAUGGCUUUGUGCACAGCCCUCCUGCUGGGUGGCAGGAGCUGGCUGCUGGAGCUGGUGGAGCGUGCCAAGGCUCUAAGAGUAAAUGCAGGAGACCGGCCUGGUGCGGAUGUGGGGCCACUGAUCUCGCCACAAGCCAAGGAGAGAGCUCUGAUCCAGAGCGGUACGAAGAGGCCAUACUCCUGGAUGGCUGAAACGUCAAGAUGCCCCACCAUCAUCAGCAGUGUCACAACUGACAUGAAGUGCUACACUGAAGAGAUCCUAGGGCCGGUGUCGAUUGUUCUUGAAGCAGAUCUAGACGAUGCCAUCAGUUUGGUCAACAAGACAUACGGCACCGCCAUCUUCCCCACAAAUGGUGCUACGGCACAAAAAUCCACUCAUGAAGUGGACGUGGGCCAGGUUGGAGUCGGAGUGCCCAUCCCUGUGCCUCUGCCAACGUUCUUCUUCACUGGAUCGAGAAGAUCUUUCAAAGGGGAGCCAAACUUUGUCGGGAAACAAGGUUUUCAGUUCUACAAGCGGCUCCAAACCGUAACCUCACAAUGGAAAGCUGAAGAUGCAACUUUGACAAGUCCUGCGGUUACCAUGCCAACCAUGGGAUGCUAAAUGUGCUCCUGAUGAGACUUCAAACCAUACUCCACAAAAAAACAAACACAGU